AUGGCGGUGUACGGACAAUCCCCCCAAGAUGAAGGCUACAGCGAGGAUCCCUUGACGGUGGGCACUGUGUCUCCGCCUCCACUCCCGCGGCCUUCAUGGCUUUCCGCGAUGUCUGUACCGGAACGUACAGAAUAUGUCAUGCGCCUCAUCGACCAGCUCCCCACCUCCGCUGUUUGCGAGAUAGUCGAACGUCUAAGUCCUCGCCUCUACAUCAACUUCUUUCAGUAUCUUCCAGCUGAAAUAUGCUUGAAGAUUCUCGGCUUCCUCGACCCGCUGUCCUUGAUAAAUACAGCCCGUGCUUCACGGGAAUGGAUGUUGUUGGCACUAGACCGGAAACUCUGGGAAGAGGUAUAUAUGCUAGAAGGCUUUCGCGUCAUCCGAUCUGAGGUACAAAAAUUCGAGGAGGAAAUCAAUGCCGACAGAUCAAGAUUUGGUGGGCCGAGCGAUGAAGAACACGCAAGCAAGCGGAGGGCUACACCCCAGCGGAUUCUGCCGAAUUUACAAGUCGAUGACGAUUAUGAAAUGGUGGAUGCUGAUAUCGAGGUACCGCACGCGACAUCCAUAUUCGGCCCAUUGACAACCGAGCCAAAGAACUCACGCUUCCACGAAUCUAAAUUUGAUUCUGAUGUACAUAUGGCGUCCUCGAAAACACCCUCUUUAUCGUCGCAAUGGACCAAGACCACAAGUUUCCCGAAUCGGCACGCCACCAAGACGCUGAGCAGUUCAAGCCAUCGAAUAUCUGCCAGUUCGGGUUCGACAAGUUCACGGUCCUCAGGGUCAUUGUCGGACAUGUCAUCCUUGGUGGUCGUCGAUCGGAGUGACGGCAAGAAAAAGCUGAACUGGCAAUAUCUAUACUCCCAGAGGAGAAGGUUGGAGGCGAAUUGGGAAGCAGAGAAAUACACCAAUUUUCAGCUACCUCAUCCUAACCACCCGGAAGAAGCCCAUGAGGAAUGCAUAUAUACCAUCCAAUUCUCCGGGCAAUAUCUCGUUAGUGGUAGCCGAGAUAGGACACUCCGCAUCUGGGACUUGAACACCAAACGGCUUGUCCGUCCUCCCUUGCGGGCGCAUAAUGGUUCAGUUUUAUGCCUUCAGUUUGACGCGGAUCCGGAAGAGGACUUGCUUGUUUCUGGGAGCAGCGACGCUACCGUGGUCCUCUGGCGAUUUUCCACCGGUCAGAUCUUGCAGCGAUUGAGGAAAGCUCAUCGAGAAUCUGUCUUGAAUGUCAGGUUUGAUAAACGGGUUCUGGUAACUUGCUCCAAAGACAAGACUAUCAAGAUCUUUAACCGAAGGCCCAUAUAUGCCGGGGAAUUGGAUUAUCCGGGGACUAUCAAGGGUGUCAAUCCGGUCCCAAGGUAUCUUCAAAAUUAUGGUUACAAUCCCGCUCCUACUGCAGGAUUACCUCUUGUGCCAGCGUAUUCAAUGAUCGGGUGCCUGGAAGGCCAUGGCGCAGCGGUCAACGCCGUUCAGAUUCACGGGGAUGAGGUAGUGUCUGCUUCUGGGGAUCGGACCGUUAAAGCCUGGAAUUGGCGGGAACAGACUUGUACCCGAACUUUCAUUGGCCACACUAAAGGCAUUGCAUGCGUCCAAUAUGAUGGACGCCGCAUUGUAAGCGGUAGCAGUGACAAUGAAGUCAAGGUUUUUGAUAGAGUUUCUGGACUCGAAGUUGCCAGCCUCAGGACCCAUACAAACCUGGUUCGAACUGUUCAAGCAGGGUUCGGCGAUUUGCCAUAUAGCUCGGAGGAGGACCAGGAGGAGGCCCAAAGGACCGACCGCGAAUACUUCAGAGCAAUUGAAUCGGGAGCGAUCUCACCGCAAACGCAGCCUCAACGAGGUUCCUCGAGAAAUGCUGGCUCCAGGAGACCUGAGGAUAUCACUGCUUAUGGGGGCAAGAUUCCCCCAGGCGGUGGGGGUGGAAAAUUUGGGCGUAUCGUUUCUGGAUCAUAUGACGAAACUAUCAUCAUCUGGCGUAGAGAUAAGGAAGGGGUCUGGCGCGCGCAGCACACCCUCCGACAAGAAGAAGCAGCCCGUGCAUCAUCAAGAGCUGCUAAACAAGCCAACGACAACUAUGCCAAUGCCCAAGCAGCUGCAGGUUCAAGUUCUCAAACCACCAAUCCCUCAGAACCCCAAAGUUCGGUAACAGACAAGAGUGCGGCUGAGACAUACUACGAGCAACUAAUCGACAUGAUCGUGCCUCAAGGCCCAAUGGCACUGCGGCAGGGUUUACAAGCACAUCCCCAGAUGCUUACAAGUAGCCAUCUUGAAGAUGUGAUCCAGAGUCUACCUGGUGGCACGCGGCAUGUGAUGUCGGCGAUUGUCGCCCAGGCACUACAAACUCAGCAGCAGAUGCCUGGAUCUGUUGCGGGCAUACCCUUGCCUGUUCCUGUACAGAAUCUCUUGUCACCGACCCAGUUGCCUCCAGUACCUGCGCCGAUGUCAGAUGCCAACCCACAGAUGUCUACCGCUCAGGGUUCUACUUCACAGGUACCUCCUCCGCCAACUGCGCCCACUCCAGCGAUAGACCCGAAUUCCCAUACCGCCGCGGCUCCUGCUCCUCAGCAAGCCGUGCCCCCUGUGGCUCAUGUCACACCGCACCACCACCUUGUAGCUAAUAUGGCGAGAGUGUUCAAACUGCAAUUUGACGCGAGGAGGAUCAUCUGUUGCAGCCAGACUUCCAUCAUCGUCGGCUGGGAUUUUGCCAAUGGAGACUCGCAGCUUAUCGAAGCCAGUCGAUUCUUUGCACCAGUUGAAUAA